AUGGGCCCUGUGACCUUAACGAAGUGGAACAAACACUGGCCUGGUGGCAUCCCCUCAUUCCCUCACAGAAAUGAGGAACAAGUGGAAGAUGUAGCCGCCGCCUCUCGCGCAUGGAGAUUCUUUCUCCGUGAACAGUGGGUUGAUGUCGAAGAUGUCGCGGCGGAGGAACAAAGACGAACAUUGAUUGUGCGAUGGGCAACAGCAGACCAGGCAUUCCGCGAUAACUAUGAAACCCGAGCACCUGAGGAUGGGCGUGAAUUCGAAGACCCUAAUGAUGAUGCAUGCCUCACAGGGUUGAUCCAAAGAUUGGAUGAUGUUCACAUCUGUCUCACAAAAUGGACACCUGAGACACAAGCUCUGCUUGCGAAGUGCCUUAUCACGUUAUUCGGAUGGAUGGGUGAUCAAGAAUACAUGACCACGACAAUGUCAAUGUACUAUCCUUUGGAAGAUAACCAAGGAAAUAUCCUCGACACAUUUAAAUUCCGACAGAGUCUCGCGCGGCCCGAUUUCCUGGACAUGUGUGUGACGGUUAAAGGAACUCUGCGGUUCUCGGACUUCUUUCCCAAAUUAAUAAUUGACGACCGUACUCUUGAGACGGGACUCUGUCUCUGGGUUCAAUACCAGAACAACGGAAGGCAAGAGAGGGCUUGGCGGGCUCAGAUGUUCAUGGAUGAGUUCCCGCUUUUCUUUCUCGCGGUUCAUGCCAAUUCAGAACUGUUGGAUGAGGUGCUCGAAUAUAUGGAGAACGACAGACUCGAAGAUGAGGAUCCGGAGGUGAUUUUGGAAGAGAAGCCGGUCGAUAUGCGGCGCCCCUUCGUGGAAAUCUUUGAGAACAAUCGGCGCGACGAUGUGGACCGUUAUGCUCUGGGGUUCCGUGAGGCUGAAGCGGCAGGUAACGGUUUAGCGAUUGGAUAUGAAUUGGAACGGAUCCUUGCAGAUACCGGAGCCCCGUUGAAGAUUAACCAAAAAUGA